UGUCGGUGCAAAGGAGGUGGUAAAAAAAGUUGAUAUAUAUUAUAAAACCUAAAAUAGUUAAGCUCAAUUUCCUAUGGGAAUCUGUGGAUAAUAAGAGUUAAUUUGAUCAAUUAACACUCACCAUCAUAAACUUUCAUCGAUUACCUAUCAGUAUUUAUCUAGAAUUUGAGUUAUCAUGAAGUCCUACUGUUUUACCCUUUUGUUUAUUUUCACAACUUUCCAAUUUUAUUCUGUUGACACUUUAGCCAUUCCAGAUCCAGAUCAAUCUCGCAUGAUACCUGAGCUUGUUACUUCCAGGGGUUUCAUCCAUGAGCCUCACCAAUUGGUCACAUCGGAUGGAUAUAUUUUGGGAAUUCACCGGAUUAUCAAUCCAUUGGCUAAGAAAUAUUUUAAAAUCGCUCAGAAACCGAUUCUUAUUCAGUGUGGACUUUUAUGUUCAGGAUCAGAGUUUUUAACAAACUCACCGGGUGGACAUUUGAAUGAAACUAUGCUCGCUAAUCGAGAUCAAGUUGAUUAUAUGGAUUUCACUUCAGAUUUUAACAAUUUAGGCUUCGUUCUUGCUAAUUUGGGAUAUGAUGUUUGGCUGUUCCAUCCUAGAGGAAACUUAUACUCUCGUAAUCAUACAACUCUCGAUCCGGAUACAGAUAAAUCUUAUUGGGAGUUCACUUUCGAUGAGAUUGCUUUGUACGAUUUACCAACCACAAUCGAUUACAUGAUUAAAAUUACCGGUGAACCUUCAAUUGGAUACAUCGGCUAUUCACAAGGUGGAACAACAAUUUACGCCUUACUAGCCGAUCGACCAAAUUAUUCAUCGAAAGUUGUCCCAAUCAUCAGCAUUGCUCCAGCAGUUCGACUUGAUAAUUACCACGGACUGUCUUAUCAGAUCAUUCUCGAAACUCCACUUGUAAUGAGCUAUAUCAAAUCUCGAGGUGGUGAAUGUUUUGGUUUCAUGCAAGAAACUUUUCUACAAAAAUGUAACGAAAGCUAUUUAUUCAAAUUGAUCUGUAAUUUCAUCACCUACGAUCUCUUGAGCAUGAACAAAGCUCAGGUCGAUCCUGAUCGGGUUAACGUUAUCAUCUCUCACCUUCCCUCUGGAACAUCAUGUUGGAAUAUCCUUCAUCUAUUACAAGUAAUGGUCAACAAAAGUUUCGCCAAAUUUGACUACGGAUCAUUGGACAAUCUAAUCAAAUAUAAUUCCACCUCACCACCAGUUUACAAUCUAAGUAAAGUUCAAUCAGAUGAUAUGUAUAUUGUUUCCUCAAUCGGUGACCAUUCAGCUGACCAGAAAGAUAUUGCAAUUCUCAAAUCCCUACUAACCUCUGUGCCUGAGAUCAUUGAACAUACGAUUGACGAUAAAACCUUUGACCAUUUGGACUAUUUCAUGUCCAAAAGGACUGGACCUUACGUUAAUGGUCCGAUCGCUAAAAUGUUGAGAAAAUAUAAUCACUGAAAGAGUAAUUAAAAUCCGCUGGGAAACAAUUGAGAUAUUCACUAAUUAGUUAUUGAUUGAUAAACUAAACAUGAACAAAUAUUAAAUGUAUAAAUAAAUAAUGAACAAUUAUUACUUUGAUUAACUUAAA